GGUUACUACCAUUUCAAUUUCAAUUACAGCGUGUGACUCUGCGCUAGUAUGAUAAUAUGAAAAUAGCACCAAUUCGUCGAAAUUAACAAUGACCUUUGGCGGUAUCUGAUUGGCCCGCUGCUUCGCUCGUCCACUCCCCUACGGCGCAUGGGCGGUAAUCCCGGUCUCAUCAGGCAAGCGGCUCACGCGAUUGGCUAAUCGAGCCCCAUCGCUGGUCGUGCUCUCCUCCCACGGGAUCGCGAUAGUCCAUUGGGAUGCCAGGGUAACAUCCAACUGAAGAAAGCAACAAAAGCCGAUCUCGAGAGAUUUUUAGCCAGAAUUGGCGGUAGCACUCAGAGGAGUCUAUCUAACUUGGUGGUCAAUGGGUGAUGUUUGGUGAUAGAGUGACGGGAGUGGAGAGAGAUGCGUUAUGGACUAAAGGCGAGAACAGUUAGACUCUCACAGGAUCUUGUGUCGUCAAUUACUUCUUCACCACUGGCAGCGUACCUCCGUCCUAGAAUCUACCUCUCAUAGUCACCGACAGGCACUUGGGAUUACGGCGUAAAACUACAUGUGAUUUUAUUCGCGUGUGAAUGCAUGUGCGUGUGCUAAUUCUGACGUGUGAUUGUCAACGUACGCCCGACCUGGCAAACUUUAAUGUUCGACUACCCAGAGGGUUCCAACAUAUCCUCCUCUAAUACUUCCCCCAUGAAAGAAGAGAGUACCCACCCUUCUCAAACAACACUGACACCCGUAAGAAACUGGAUGCAGCCGACCGUCGUAGACCAGGGUGGCAGUGCCGGACUCGGCCGGGCUCACUUCGAAAAACAGCCACCCAGCAAUCUCAGGAAGAGUAACUUCUUCCAUUUUGUCCUCGCGUUGUACGAUCGGCAAGGACAACCCGUGGAAGUCGAAAGGACUGCUUUUAUAGACUUCGUGGAAAAAGAUCAGGAAUCCGAAGGACAAAAAACUAACAAUGGAAUUCACUAUAGGAUUCAAUUGCUUUUCGCCAACGGCGUGCGACAGGAGCAAGAUUUGUAUGUCCGUCUUAUUGACUCCGUCUCAAAACAGGCAAUCAUUUAUGAAGGCCAGGAUAAAAACCCAGAAAUGUGCAGAGUUUUACUUACACACGAAGUGAUGUGCAGCCGAUGUUGCGACAAGAAAAGUUGUGGAAAUCGAAAUGAGACCCCAUCUGAUCCGGUUAUCAUUGACAGAUUUUUCUUGAAGUUUUUCAUGAAGUGCAACCAGAACUGUCUGAAGAACGCUGGAAACCCACGCGACAUGAGACGAUUCCAGGUGUCUGUUUGUACAAAUGUUGCGAUAGAUGGCCCACUGUUAGCUGUGUCAGAUAAUAUGUUUGUACACAAUAACUCCAAACACGGACGGAGGGCUCGGCGUUUGGACCCGACUGAAGGGGACAUGUCCAGUGGCUAUGGUCAAAUUCCUCAUGUAUUUUGGGGCAAAGUGGAAGUAUCCUCCAGAAAUGAACUUGGGCCCACUCCGUGUAUCAAGGCUAUAUGUCCGAGCGAGGGUUGGACGACCGGGGGGACGACAGUCAUCAUCAUCGGUGACAACUUCUUCGACGGAUUACAAGUUGUGUUUGGAACUAUGCUUGUUUGGAGUGAGUUGCUGACGUCACACGCGAUACGGGUACAGACUCCCCCGCGUCAUAUCCCAGGGGUGGUGGAGGUCACUCUGUCCUACAAGUCCAAACAAUUCUGCAAAGGAGCACCGGGCAGAUUUGUAUAUACAGCGUUAACAGAACCAACGAUAGACUACGGGUUUCAACGCCUCAUGAAAUUGGUACCACGUCACCCAGGAGAUCCAGAGCGACUUCCCAAAGAAAUAAUCUUAAAACGCGCCGCGGAUCUAGCCGAGGCAUUGUACAGCAUGCCCCGCAACCCCAACCAGCUAUCACUCCCAGCCCCAAGGUCACCCGCCAUGAACAACACCUCCCCAAUGUCCGGAUUCAACACCUACCCUGGUCAGCUAGCGGUCAGCGUGGCCGAUACAGUCACCGGCUACAACAGAAGCCAGAGUUCCAGUGUGUCGCCCCGUGGGUACGGGUCUAACGGCUCCACGCCACACAGCACAAACAGCGGAAGCUACGCAGGCACGCCGGGAAUGAACGGGUAUCACGGAAGUGCUGGUGCGCUAGGCAACAUGGGUUUAGAUCAUUUUCUCAGAGAUGAAGCAGGAAGAUUGGGAGCCGUUGCUACGUCACACUCGCCUCCCCAUCAGUACUCCGCCCCCUCGGGCCUGUCAGGGACUUGUGCCCCCGGGAUUUUCUCUUUCUCACCUGCCAAUAUGAUCACGGCGGUCAAACAGAAAAGUGCCUUUGCACCAGUGGUUCGAGCACCGAGCCCGCCCCCUCCCCUUCCCGGCAUUCAGUGCGGCUGGGUUUCACAUCCGCUUUUACACGAAUGAGCAGCAUAGUAGCGUCGCCGUUUACGAGCGUCAACCCUUUCGCUCUGCCCACGUGCAACUCACAAUCAUACAGCAGCUCCAUCGUGUCUCCUGCAAAAUGAUUGGUUGGAAUUCACAGUGUAGGUCCGGACUGAAUACCUCAACAUUACAGGAUUGGACGGAGUGUUAAACCGGAAGCGCAGUGUGCGUUGCUUGAAUUGGAUGGUUAUUGCACUUUGUGGGCAAAGACGAUAUCAGUGCUAUCAUACCACGAACAAUUCGAGGAAAACGGACAAUACAUGAAAAGACACAGCGCUUCCCGCCCGGAGAGUAAAUUCUGCUACACCAUAGGAAGUUUCGAUAUGUCGGGAAUUAUAUCGGCUUCUAUUCCUCCUCACAAAUAUUCCCAUUAAGAAGGUGUCUUGGAAUGCGCACGCGGUCAUAGAAGUGAUCCUUGUUUAGACUGAACGUGAUCGUUCAUGAUGUUUGCUCUAGCCUGAGUGUUUCUCUGUUUCACAGACUUCUUGUUUACUCGUGUCUUGCCAAGGGAGAUAACUUGUCUCAUGGGAGAUAACUUUGUCUCAUGGGAGAUAACCCUGCCUCGUGGGAAAUAUACCUGAGGGUAAUCCUUUCUCAUUGUAAAUACUCAUUACCUAGUCCCAAAGCUCAGUGGACAUUUUGCUCACCAAAUGACACAAAACCCAAGAGAUUAUUUUUGUUGGCCUUUACGUUACCAUUCAGUCACGUGUCUUUGUUUCUGAUUGUACUUGUUUUGCGACGUGUUCUUGCGUGAUGUAGAUUUAUUUAUUCGUAGCGAGUAAAACAACACGGGACAUUUGAAGAAAUAUAUAUAUAUAACUAUAUAUAUAACUGUACAUAUUUCAAUACGAAACCGUCAAUGUAAAGUUCAGUAUUCGAAAACAGUAAUCUCACAAAAGAAACUUGUCGUUACGAAAAAACAAUUUAUAGACGAAAUAUGCAUGAUAAGGCAGCAUUAAGGGUGAUCCACCAACGCUUACCAUUGCUCUCACUUUUCAUAUUAACAUAAUACUUCUUAGAUAAUUCUUGCGAACAGAAGAGAACUAUUAGCGAAUAUAUUAUGGGCAUGUACCCUAACUCGAAGUCCCAUCUCAGGUGAAACCGAAGUGCUGGAGGCAUGAGUUCUGUAUAUUGAUUGUCAAGUCUUGCGUGGUUAUGUUUCAACGUAUCUUAUUGCAUUUUGAUCUCAUAAUAGAGUAUCAGCUGUUCUUAUGUACUUAAUUGCAUACUGUGUAUAAUACUCAAAAAGUAUUAACAGGGCUGUGGAAAUACAACUUAUCAACCUAGGUUUUAUUUUUGUACAUUUUUAAAACAUACCUCCUCACUUUAAGUUUAUUCUCUGCGAAUGAAUUUCCCCUUUUCUCGGAAUAUACACCGUUAUCUAGUCAUUUUCUAGUCAAUCUAGUUGAUUUUGCCGGCAAUAUUUCUUUGACAUUGGCGUCCAAUUCGCCCAAUAGUUUCGCAUGGUUCUAGUCGCGCCAUGUCUAAUCUAGUCCCGCCGUGUCUUUUCUAGUCAUUGCUGUUCAAAUGAUCUCUGCAACAUCACAGUUUGACCAUAGUAAGGGUUCUGAUCUUUCCUCGCACGACGCACGCGGGAUGCUGUACUAAUGUAUUACGAAGCAUACUCUAUAAUCUCGCGUGCGUUCUUUCAUUUAACCAAAUCAUUCUGUCAAAGUACUAUUUAUUACUGAAAAUAUUGUUUUUAUAUUGAAAGUUUGAUUAUGAUUAAAAUGUUUUUCUUCCA